AUUACCAUACACCAAGAUCAAGUAUGGGCUCGCAGAUUCCUGGCGUGGGCGCUGUGAGAACUGGAACUCAGGGGCCGUGGCCAGGUUGCAAGGACAGUUUCGGAUGGCGCCGCAUGGAGGAGGUGUACGUCAAGAUGGUGCACUGGAUGAAGCAAUACAAGCUGAAGUUCAACGGCAAAUGGGUAGUUUGUUGUCAAGACUAUCCGAAGUGGAAAGUGACAAUGCAAGACUUCAGCUGGAACUGCAAGCAGAGAAGCAUCGGGCUAUUGUUGGAGAUGUACCUAGGCAUGAACCUAGUCACGGUGUACCUGUUGAUGAUCCUGUUCAACACGGAGAAGCCCCACCUCUAA